CAACACGUUGGAAACACUGCUUGUGUUGAGUAGUGGCACUUGUCUGUUUAAAGAUCCAUCGUUUGUAAUAAAAUUCGAUUGCUAUUGGUUUUUUAAUUUGCAUUGAUACAUGUAUCUUAUUUUUUUUUUAAAUAGAUAGGCAUUUGUUAAGCACACAACUUGAGGUCCUCGUUGGAAAGACCCCGAAUGGAGGUAAACAACUCAUUGGGCUCUGUGUACCUCCAACAUUUCGACCACCACACGAUGGCAGAUGACAAUGAUCUGGAGAAACGAGCGAUAGACGAGCUCCUGAGAGAGACCAACAGGGCCCGGGCCAGGGUGGAGACCAUGGGGCCUUCAGGAUGGAUGAAGUGUCCGCUGCGCCGCACCAACAAGCGCUUCCUCGUCAACACGCUGCGCUCCAGCGGCCUGCAGCGCCGCCCCACUGGGCCCACGGCGGGCCAGGCCGCCGCCGCAGGGUGCCUGAGGAGUGACUCCCUCCCUGGGGGAGAGCACCACGACAAAACCCCUCCCAGGGACUCCUCCCCCCGCGACCCAGGCCGCAGCAGCCAUCGCCACCACAAACGCCAUUUGAUCAGCAGGAGACGGGAGCAGGAAGAUGGAAACAAAAGUGGACAUUUCCACAAAGUAAUGGACAGGAGAGGCGGAGGACCUGCUGAAGGUAGAGACACUGAGGCACAGAGACUGCAUUCUGGACACUCCUCCUCCAGAAGCCACUCCCCUCUUGGGGAAUAUUCAAGAGGCAGCCAAUCGGGAAGGACUCGGUCAAGCUCACCUGCUGCAGGCUCACAAAGUGGGAGGAGCCAGAAGUGACAUGGCGCUGAAUCCACAGAGGUCCAGAGGGUCGUCUCCUGCUGUGUUCUCAUUCAGGAUAUCGGCUCAGAAAGGUGGGGAGACCAUUGAGGUUGUCCAAAUUCAAAGCAUUGCUCUUGUAAUUAUCUGCUGAAACAUAACUGAGGCAUUUUCUGUGACCAUGUGCCUCUUUGGUGUCCUUUUUUCAUUUUUUUUCAAAAAUGUAUUAUUUUAAGAUCUAGUGUUAAAAAUAAUGAAAUAAUUUUACAGUUUGGAGGAAAAUAUAUAAUUCUUAUUAUGUAAGUGUUCCUUGUGUUUUAGCUGUUUAAUAGAAUACUGAGAUAUCAAUUUUCUAACUUUCGAAUUAAAUUCUCUGACUUUAGAUUCUGCAACUGGACUGUUGAUUUAAUUUUGAACUCAGAGCUUUAGUUUAUUCUAUUUUGUCUGUCUGUGUCUGAUUUUACUUUCAUUUAUUUAUGUGAAAAUGUGUUUAUUGAGUCCUAUUUUACUGAAUGUUUUACUGUUGAAAUUACAAUUCAACUAAGAUAAGGCAGUGUGCUGUCUCUAGAUACCUCCAAGCUCCUCUCAAACCAGACGAUACAUUAACCUAUUAGUUAUAUUUCACUGUGGAUUAAACUUUUUCUGUUCAAAUGUA